AUGGUAGCUUCCAAUGCAGCUUCGAGACUACGACAGAGUUUGGCUGAUGAGGUUAACAUCGCUGUAUGUCCUGGAGUAUAUGAUGGCCUCACCGCACGUAUAGCCCUGUCAUUUGGAUUUGAUGCGCUGUACAUGACUGGGGCAGGAACCACUGCGUCACGUCUUGGACAGCCUGAUCUCGGAGUGAUCACUUUGACAGAGAUGCGUGAGACUGCUCAAAUGAUAGCCAGUCUUGACCACUCUAUUCCUCUCACCGCGGAUGCUGAUACUGGAUUUGGCGGCUCGUUGAUGGUCCAUCGCACCGUUACCGAGUAUAUCCGCUCGGGGGUUGCUGCUCUCCAUCUUGAGGACCAGCCAACAUCUAAGCGGUGUGGGCACCUUCUACAUAAACAGCUUGUCAGCGUGGACGAGUUCUUGUCACGCAUCAAGGCAGCAGUAAAUGCUCGUCAAUCAUCCGGUAAUGACAUCGUACUAAUUGCUCGAACCGACGCACUUGCAACCCUUGGAUACGACCAGGCCAUCUCACGCCUAAAGUCUGCGGUAGCUCUAGGUGCAGAUGUCGCUUUUCUUGAAGGCAUUACCUCCAAAGAGCAAGCAAAACAGGCAUGUGAAGAUCUCAGCCCCACGCCAGUGCUUUUCAAUGCAGUAACAGGGGGUGUCUCACCCGAUCUGUCAGUUGAAGAAGCGCGGGAUUUAGGUUUCAGAAUGAUCAUCUUUCCCGGAUUUGCAAUUGGCCCGGUAUAUAGCGGACUCAAUGAAGCGGCAAAGAAUUUGAAGGAGGGUGGGAGGUUGAUCACUUCCGGGAUAGGGGGCCCAAAGGACUUCUUCAAUAUUGUUGGCCUUAAAGCCGCCAUGGCCAUCGAUGCGGCAUCUAGAGAGAACUUAUUUCAGGACGGUGUUUGA